GCCAUGCCCUGGGACGCGCGGCCGCCCGGGGGCGCGGAGGGCGGCCCCGAGGGCGCGGGCGCGGCGCGCGCGCGGGCGCAGAAGCAGUGCCGCAAGUCGUCCUUCGCCUUCUACCAGGCCGUGCGCGACCGGCUGCCCGUGUGGCUGCUCGAGGACAUGCGCGCCAGCGAGGCCUUCCACUGGGACGAGCGCGGCCGCGCCGCCGCCUACUCGCCGGCCGAGGCGCUGCUCUACGCGCUGGUGCACGACCACGGCGCCUACGCGCACUACCUGCUGGCCACCUUCCCGCGCCGCGCGCUGGCCGCGCCCGCCGCCGGCUUCCGCUGCUGCGCCGCGCCGGGGCCGCACGUGGCGCUCGCCGUGCGCUACAACCGCGUGGGCAUCCUGCGGCGCAUCCUGCGCGCGCUGCGCGACUUCCCGGCCGACGAGCGCGCGCGCCUGCUGGACCGGCGCGGCUGCGCGCGCGUGGAGGGCGGCGGCACGGCGCUGCACGCGGCCUGCGAGCUGGCGCGGCCCGAGUGCCUGUUCCUGCUGCUCGGCCACGGCGCCUCGCCCGGCCUGCGCGACGCGGGCGGCCUCACGCCGCUCGAGCUGCUGCUGCGCCAGCUGGGCCGCGACGCGGGGGCGGCCGGGGCGCCCGGGGAGCCGCGCCGGCGCCGCCUGCUGCUGCUGGACCUGCUGGCGCUGUACACGCCCGCGGGCGCCGCCGGCCCGGCCCGCCGCGAGCUGCUGGGCGACCGGCCGCGCUGGCAGCGGCUGCUGGGCGAGGACACGUUCCGCUGGCUGGCGGGCCUGGCGCCGCCCUCGCUCUUCGCGCGCGCCAUGCAGGUGCUGGUCACCGCCAUCUCGCCCGGCCGCUUCCCCGAGGCCCUGGACGAGCUGCCGCUGCCGCCCUUCCUGCAGCCGCUGGACCUCUCCGGCCAGGGCUAGCC